UUCACUGAGAAACAGUCUCAGUGAAGCUGCAGUGUCGCGUGUAAGUGUUAAGGGAACCCGGUAGAUAGUGCUUAUAAUAUUAAAAGGAUAUUGUCAGGGUCACUUCCAAAGAGCACAAUGGCUGAGAAGAUGGACAUGGAGGAGGGGAAGGCAUCCAACGGCGAAGCACAUUUCGACGAGACGCCGGCUAAUGGAAUGAAAAGCCCGAAUAAAGGCGGUCAACAGCCCCUUUCCCAGCGGGUCAAGAGAAUAGUGAUGGCCAACUUGCUGGUGAUUCUCACCGUGGCCGGGGUCAUCGUUGGUGUUUUAAUAGGACUUGGUGUGCGCAACGUGGCGCUGUCCAGGACACAGAUCAUCUACAUCGGGUUCCCAGGCGAGCUACUGAUCCGGCUGCUGAAAAUGAUUAUCAUUCCUCUGGUGGUGUGCAGUCUAGUGUCCGGGGCGGCCAGCAUCGACCCUAAAGCCCUGGGCAAACUGGGCGGCUGGGCUAUGCUCUUCUUCCUGGUCACCACCUUAAUUGCGUCCUCCAUCGGGGUUAUAAUGUGUUACAUCGUAAACCCCGGGUCCGGGUCGAUAGCCAAACCCAAGGUGCAAGGCUUGGAUGAAAACGUACCUGCGGCUAAAGAAGUGAUAGACUCCUUCUUAGAUUUGAUUAGAAACAUAUUUCCAUCCAACCUGGUGUCUGCUGCCUUUCAAUCAUAUGCAACAAGCUACAAGCUGGUUAGCAGGAAUGGUACUGAUGGAAACCCCAAUAUCACAGUUGAAAAGGUGCCUUUUGGUACAGACCAGGAUGGCAUGAAUAUUCUUGGUCUGGUUGUGUUUGCCAUUGUUUUUGGUGUGGCUUUGAGGAAACUGGGAGAGGAAGGUGAAAUCCUGAUCAAGUUCUUCAACUCUUUCAAUGAAGCCACAAUGGUGCUGGUCUCCUGGAUCAUGUGGUAUGCCCCUCUUGGUAUCAUGUUUCUCGUGGCUGGCAAGAUUGUCGAGAUGGAGGAUGUUGGCACACUAUUUGCUAGUCUGGGCAAAUACAUAGCCUGCUGUAUAAUUGGACAUGCCAUCCAUGGCCUUCUCGUGCUGCCUGCCAUUUACUUCAUCAUUACAAGGAAGAACCCGUACACCUUCCUCUGGGGGAUAUUCACAGCUCUGGCAACGGCUUUCGGAACAAGCUCCAGCUCUGCCACUUUGCCCCUGAUGAUGAAGUGUGUGGAGGAAAAUAACGGUGUAUCCAAGCACAUCAGCCGUUUCAUCCUACCCAUCGGCGCAACGGUCAACAUGGACGGAGCUGCUCUCUUCCAGUGUGUGGCUGCUGUUUUCAUCGCUCAGCUGAACAACUAUUCACUUAACUUUAUCCAAGUCAUCACCAUCCUUGUGACGGCCACAGCAUCCAGUGUUGGAGCAGCGGGUAUACCAGCUGGUGGUGUGUUGACCCUCGCCAUUAUCCUGGAGGCAGUAGGACUGCCCACCAAUGACAUCUCUCUCAUCCUGGCUGUUGACUGGCUUGUUGACCGCACCUGCACAGUUCUGAAUGUGGAGGGCGAUGCCUUCGGCGCUGGGCUCUUGCAGCAUUUUGUGGACCGCACGGCCAAACGAGAGGAGGGAGCAGAGCUGAGCGAGGUCAGGCUGGAGGGAGUCCCGUCAACUCCGGCCCCAGAGAACUCACCGCUCAUUGAGAAGCGAGGUGGGAGGGACAGUGCACAAGAUGCCAAGAAGUUUGGUGAAAGAGAGUCUGCCAUGUAAUCAGCUGCUGAAACCAUCAAUGAUACACUCCCUUAUUUCACACUCCUGCAAAACCUGAGGUUCUUAACCCCUUUUUUUAAUGCCCAGGCCUGUCGCAAAGAGAGGAUGGACAUGCAUAAUAUCAUGCAAUGAAACUGUCUUAGCUCUACACUAUUUCGUGCAGAAAAGUUUAGGCGGACAUUACAAAUCCGUAAUAUGUAGAGGGACUUUUGUGUCCUUGUUGAGCGGGAGAACUGUACAUUAGGCUGGCUACUAAUGUUGUGUAGCGUCGGUCCUCUUCAACUUCUAAUGUCAGAAUUUUUCACGUGGCCAAGUUGUAUACAACAGGCGUUCCCCAAUACACUGUGUACCUCCACUAGGAUGUCAAGGGGUUUUUCCAGUGACCCUCUGCUAUCUAAUAAGAUAAAUGCUACAUUUUUACCAAUUUCUAGACUACUGGGUUGACUGUUAUUGGCUUUGUGGUGGUGUCUGACUUUAAAAGUUGAAAGGGACCACAUAACUGGUUGCUGUUUGUUUUCUCAAGAAAAAGUGUGCGUAUUCUCCAUCUGAAAUCCAAUACCUUUUUUUUAGUUUUUUUUAGUCACCCUUCUUUUCUUACUGUGUAUUUUAUUUUAAAUCAUUAUGGCCCCUUUUUUAAUGCAGAUAUCAAGUUAUGUAUUUAAACUCUAUAUCUUGUAUUUAGAUGUGUCAUUUUUAAAGCAUAUGAGCACACUAUUUAUACUAUGAUAUAUUCCAUAUAACCUGCUUUGAAAUGGCAGAGAAAGACAUCAAGACAAAAUGCACUAGCAUUAGUUGUUAUAAUAGUUUUUUUUAACUGUUUAUCUGUUAUACCAGGCAAAUGGUUCUUCUGUGCAAUGCCUCUCUCAUGGUUAAAAGCAUCAGUACACAAAGGAAAUAAUAUCCUCUUCAGCAGCACAAAAGCAAAUGCUAUUUCAAUACCCCUAUGCUUAAUGAAGGAACUUUUUACUCAAGGACUUAAACUAUGUCAAUAUGAAUGGAAACAGAUCGACCUCCAAUCAUUUCUGCCUCUUCUAAUGGACGUUGGUGUGAAGGCCGGCAACACAACCUCAGGUUUAACUAUGGCUUGAAGACUGACCUUAAUAUUCUGAGACCAAAAAUCACACAAACUCUGCAAACAAGGAGAACGUUCAACACCCGAUAAGAUUGAAUGUCAUUUCCAAGGAGAUUUUUUCUAUUUAUUUUUUAACCAAAGCCUACACUUUACUUACUGCUGCUCUGUUUAGGUACCAUCAUCUUACCAAGGCACAGAUGCAUUUUAAACCACAGACUGUUCUAUGGACACCUUUUUGAUGUUAUGUAAAGCGAGACUUAAUGCGAUGUCCUUUCACUACAAGAAUUUGGAUUCAUUGAUAAAAUAACAGCAAUGGACUGCUGGUUUGUUUUGAUUGUUGAGCCCUGAAAACUAGAAGACUUUAAGUCAAAGUUAGCAUGUCUCAACAUAAACCUGUUUGCCUUUGAUGGCCAUCAUCAUUAAACACUAGUUAUAUAUGGGUUUCAAGCCUUCUUGUAUGUCAUCGGUAAUGCCUCAGCUAAUUUGUUCAAUUUCUAUUUAUUUACCUAAUCAAAAUCCAAAGACUUUCUUAGCAUUUGUUUUGAAAUGUUAGUUACUCCAAAAUACUGUUACAUGUUGUGGGUUUGAUUGUAGGUUUUAGACGGUUUGUAAAAGGUGACUAUUUUUGGAAUCUUCUUUUUUAUAAUGGCAGUGGUAAACUUGGGAGACUGUGUUGUGCGGAACUGAUGGUAUGAAUUGCAUUGGUGGCACCCUAUAGCUACAGGACUAUAUUUAAAUGCGACAUGCAUAUGCAAUACCAUGUGUGCACCAUAUGCCCUGUAUGUAUGAUUAACUGCAUAUGCACUAUUGAAUGUUUAUUUCUUCCAUCCAUAUCAUUAACUGUUAAUAGCAACCAAAUGUCUGGGAUAUAUUGUGUCCAAUACAAAUUCCUCAAGUCUGUAUUCUUUAUCAUCUUUUAUACUGUUAUAGCUUUGCAGUAUUUCCCAUGAUGGUCCUCUGAUAUCACAGUCAUGAGGUCAUUUCGCCAGUCAAAUGUAUAAUAUGUUAAGCAUUUGGUGGAAGGUUGCAAAGAUGUUAUCAUUCCCUGCUGAGAUCUUUUACCAUAUGGACAUCUCUCGUCCAAACAUAUUAUUUGUAUGGUGUGUAUGCAAAUGGUACUUGUACAUUUAUUAGUGUUUCAAAAAUCCUCCCAUGUUAGUCUGAAUUUAAUGUCUUUCGGUUGUAGACAAUAAAGGCCUUUUUUUUAAUUAUUA